GGCUUAAUGGGCUUCACUGCUACUGCCAGUUUCCUCUUAAAAUUACUCCCAAUUAUGGCGAAUGUUUAACUUUUAGGUUAUCCAUCCCAAUGCAGAAAGCUGCAUCGCAGAUGGAUGGGAAACCUGCCAGCCGGCCACAUUUUUGAGACUCUCACGAUGGUUUCAAAGAAGGUGGUGGCCAGUUUGCUCUUGGUGUACGUGGUGUCUAUGCUGGCUGAGCAGACCGAAGGCUUCGUGCCCUUUUUCACCCAGAGCGACUUCAGGAAAAUGCAGUUGCAGGAAAAGGAGAGGAACAAAGGAGGGCAGAAGAAAUCCCUGACCUCGCUGCAGCAGCUGGAAGAGGAAGGCUUCUCUGAGCAAUCCGGUGGAGAUGUCAGCAAGGUCAAGACCAUCCAGCUAGCUGUUCCUGUCAGAGCUGGGAUGUGGCUCACCCCAAGGCAGCUGGAAAAAUACCAAGAUGUCCUGGAGAAACUGCUAGCAGAGAUGUUACAGGACACCCCAGACGCUGACUGAUAUCUGCAGUAUCAGAAGAGAAAGCAAUGUCGCCUGCUGAAGCUAAAAGAUUCCACUUAUGUAAACGAAAUCUGUAAAAGAGAUUAACAAAAUUCGAGGUGAGAUAAUAAAGUAC